UUCCCCUCCGGCCUGUCACCAGUCUCCUCAGGCCCUCGGAGAGGCAGUCCUGGGGCCUGGCAGCGGCCAUGGAGCCUCUGGAGACUCCCGUCAAGGACGGCAUCCUCUACCAGCAGCACGUCAAAUUCGGCAAGAAGUCCUGGCGGAAGGUAUGGGGUCUGCUGUAUGCAGGAAGCCCAUCAGGUGUGGCACGGCUGGAGAGCUGGGAGGUCCGGGAAGGUGGCCUAGGGCCAGCAGGGGACAGGCCUACAGGACCCAGCCGGCGUGGGGAACGGCGAGUCAUCCGCCUGGCAGACUGUGUGUCUGUGCUGCCGGCUGACGGCGAGAGCUGCCCCAAGGACACCAGCGCCUUCCUGCUCACCACCACAGAGCGAAGCCACCUACUGGCCGCACAACAUCGCCAGGAAUGGAUGGGCCCCAUCUGCCAGCUGGCCUUCCAGGGCACUGGGGAGAGUUCCUCAGGCCCAGGGGAGAUGGAAGCUUCCAAGAGGGGCCUGGUCCCCAUGGAGGAGAAUUCCAUCUACUCCUCCUGGCAGGAAGCAAGCGAGUUUCCAGUGGUGGUGCAGAGGACCGAAGCUGCCACCCGCUGCCAGCUGAAGGGGCCCUACCUCCUAGUGCUAGGCCAAGACACCAUCCAGCUGAGGGAAGCCUCCAGCCCCCAGCCCCUCUACACCUGGCCCUACCGCUUCCUGCGCAAGUUCGGCUCUGACAAGGACGUGUUCUCCUUUGAAGCUGGACGCCGCUGUGACUCGGGCGAGGGUCUCUUCGCCUUCAGUAGCCCCCGAGCCCCUGACCUGUGCAGGGCAGUGGCCGCUGCCAUUGCCCGCCAGCGGGAACGGCUGCCAGAGCUGGCUGGACCCCGGCCCUGUCCCCUGCCUCGGGCCACCUCCCUGCCCUCACUGGACCCGCCAGGAGAGCUUCGGGAGAUGCCCCCAGGGCUGGAGCCGCCCAGCUCUUGGAGGGCACAACUAGCAGAUCCGGGCCCUCAGAGCCUGCCCCCACAGCUAAACCCGGUGCCCCACGAUGAGCCGGUGUCUGGGCUCUACGCAUCGGUAUGCAAGCGGGCCAGCGGAUCCCCAGCCAAUGCCGAGCACCUCUAUGAGAACCUGUGCAUGCUGGAGGCAGGCCCCGUGCUGCUCAGGGACGGGGACCCAGGGCAGGAGGGUUCCAGCCGCCGCAGCCCCCUGGCCAGCCCCAUCUACCACAACAGCGAGGACCUGGGCUGGUCGGGCCCUACCCAUGACAGCAGCCUGGAGGCGCAGUACCGGAGGCUGCUGGAACUGGAGCUGGGCGACAGUGAUGAAACUGCGAGCUCUGGCCGCCCCAGUGCUUCCACGGGCUUCAAGGCCAAGCUGGUAACCCUCCUGAGCCGUGAGCGGAAGAAGGGCCCGGCCCCCUGUGACCGGCCCUGAAAGUCCUGUGUGGCUCUGGGACAGGAGAAGAGAAAGGUGCUCUGCUGUUCCCGGGCCAUGGCCAACAGUGGACAUCUGGGACACACCCCUGCAUCCACGCUGGUCCCAGGCGGGUAAGGCAGGCAGGCUGGGGGGGACCCCACCCGCCACCCCCGACUGCCAUGUACAGUGUAGAGAUUUGCUGGUAAUAAAACCUCCCAGCUCUGC